CGCAACCGGCAAUCCGCGCGGCAUUCGUGUUACCUGUCAGAAGCUGCGUACCCCGAGGCAAUGUAGCAGCAGAGAGCAUAUAUAUACCUUCAAUUCAUGAGCCAUCUCUGCCUGAGAAAUACGAUCAACGUCACUGUUUCCGUGCUCUCCCCUGUGCUGUCUGCCAUAAGCCCAUCACCCUCACCAUUCCGUUUUCCACCAUCGCAACCAUGGCAACCACCGAGGAACCACCCCGAGGCGACGUCGUCGCUGCUCUUAACUUCUACUCCCCUCCCGAGGACGGCUCAACGCCUUAUAAUCUCGCCGGCGACGUCCCACCGGGCGUGCCCGAACGCAAUUUUGGGUCCGUAUCCAAGGAGGUUAUGAUCCACGACAUUCGCGGCCGUGAAUCCGACUUCACCCUCGACAAGGACGCCUUCCAGAUCCUCCUCAACCAGCCCCCUUCAUCAGAGCCUUCCUUCACAGACGACGCUUCCAUCCAAAAGAACUACUACCCCGAGGUUGAACGUCUCCUCCUUGACACCGUCACGGGGGCGACCAAAGUCAUCAUCUUCGACCACACGAUCCGACGCACCGACCUUUCCUCCCCGCGCAAACCCGUCUCCCGCGUGCACAUCGACCAAACACACCACUCAACCGUCCAACGCAUCCACCGGCACGCUUCCUCUCCCGCGGAAGCAGCCGCCCUCCAGUCCCAGCGCUACCGCAUCAUCAACGUCUGGCGGCCCUUGAACGCCCGCCCGGUCGAGUCCUUCCCGCUAGCCUUCGCCUCGUCAUCCACGCUGCGCGACGCCGACGUCGUCCCCGUCGAGCACCGGUACCCGGCUAGCACGGGCUACGUCGGGCAGACCGCCGCGAUCCGGCACCACCCGGAGCAAGCCUGGUACUAUCUCAGCGGGAUGACCGGGGACGAGCGCAUCCUGCUCGAGUGUUUCGACAGUGAGGCGUUGAAGGAGGGGAGUGCGGUCAAGGGCGGCCGGGUGGCGCACUCUGCGUUUGCGGAUCCCAGGACGAGGGAGGGGGCUGAGGGGAGGGAGAGUAUCGAGGUUAGGGCAUUGGUGUUCGGACCGUACUCGGAAUAGCUGGGUGUCUCGGAUAGGUACCUAGUGUUGGUGGUUGAUUUGAGCGGCAUAGCAUGGAGUUGGCAAGCGUGAUUGAUAAUAUUUGAUAGACGGAAUGAGAUCGAUUUUGGACUCGAGCGGGUAUAAAAGCAAAGCCGU